AUGACAGAAGAUGGUAAACUACCAAGGGCUGAGGCCGGAGAAUCACGACCAAGUAGGGAAAACAAAAAACUUACAGUAAAGGCCAGGUCAUACAAAUUACAAGAAUAUUAUGACAGUUUUAGAAAAUUAAAAUCGUCAGUAACACAAAUAAAGAAUUUGAUGUUAGAGAAUAGAGACACUGAACUUAUAAGAAAGAGGUAUAGUUCCUGGUUGGAUAAUUAUGAACACUUUUUAAACUUAUUUGAUGUUCUUAAAACCCAGACAGAGGAUGAACAAGAGAAAAGCAAAUUGCUGUUAGAUCAUCAAGAUUAUGACAUAUUCUUGAUAAAUUUUAAGAAAGAAGUAGAAGCAUUCUUUUCGUAUCAAGAUACUGUGAAAAAUGAAAAAAUGAAUGUGAAUAGUGUAAACAAAGCACAAAGUAGAAACUCUAGAACAACGAAAUCUUCUUGUGUUUCCCUUGAAAAACUUAAGGAAGAACAAAAGCUAGCAGAACUUGAAGCACGCAAAGCGUCGUUAAAGAAACGAAAGGAAUUGGAAUUGGCCAAAUUAGAACUUACACUUAAGGAAGAAGAAUUUAACAUAGAGACAGAUAUUGCAAUUUCUAAUGCAAAGACUGAAGUUUUACAAAAGUACGAGCUAGAAAGUGAAAUUAUUGACACUCACAGUGAUAAAUUUUGUGAGGAAGAAAUUACACCUAGAAGAAAUCCACCUAUGCCAUCCCCCAGAAUCAUAGGCAAGGAUGCAGAACUUGGUUCCCAAAUUUCUGUGUCAGAAAAACAUCUCAAUCCAAACGCCAGUGUUUUUGUGCCAAACAUUUCAAUGGAAACAAAACAACAAAAUGCAAUGCAGGAUGUUGUGAACUACCUAAGAAGACCAUUGCCAGAAAUUAAAAAAUUCAGUGGAGAUCCAUUAGAAUUUCAGCGAUUCAUGAGACAGUUUCACGCAAAAGUAGUGAUGAACACCAGUAAUGAUGAUGAGCGUCUCAAUUAUUUGGAACAGAUGACGCAAGGUGAAGCAAACCGUGUCGUAUCUGGAUACACACACAUGUCUGGAGAUAAAGGAUACCAAGCAGCAAUGAAGCAAUUGGAAGAAAGAUACGGAGACAGUGAACUGAUAGUGACAUCAUUCAUCAAGAAAGCUCUUGACUGGCCUAUGAUCAAAGAUGCGAAAAUGUUAGAUGAAUUUGCAUUGUUCCUGGUAGAAUGUCAAAACGCGUCAGAAAGCAUAGACUGUGUGUCAGUUCUGGACUAUGCUGAAAAUAUUAAAAGACUUUUGUCAAAACUUCCGAUAUAUCUACACGAUCGAUGGAGAACUGCAGUUCUCAAAAUUAAGGAGACUAAGAGAAGAAUAGGAUUUAGUGACUUUGUGACCUUUGUGAAGACUGAGGCAAAGAAAUCUAAUGAUCCCAUAUAUGGAGUUUCAUCAUUGAGUGGAAAUUCACGUUCACAACCUGAUAAGCACCAGAAAAGAACAGUUGCAUCAGGAGGCCUAAGUAGUGAAAAGGAAUCACCUGGAGCAUUAGUAUUGAAAUGUGAAUUUUGCGGUGGUGCUGGCCAUGUCUUGAUCGAUUGUUACAGAUUUCAAAGAAUUAGUAUUCAAGAGAGAUAUAACUUUAUGAAAAAUAAAGGACUUUGCUAUGGAUGCUUGAAAAAGGGACAUGUAACCAAGAAAUGUAGAAACAGACUUAAAUGCAUUUCAUGUGGACGUCAACACCCUACCAUUCUUCAUGACCCAUCAAGAUCAACACCGAAUUAUCCAAUCAAUAGGGAAGAACACAACAACUCAGUUUCAUCAAGUUCUAACGUUGAUCAAUCUGUCAUCCACACAGGGAAUUCUGAUGUCGGUGCGUCUUGUGAUACUGGGGCCGUAGAACAAACAUCGGCCAUGGCGAUAAUUCCUGUGAGAAUUAAGUUGAAAAACAAGAACCAUAGUGUCAUUACAUACGCAUUCUUUGACUCGGGUAGCAGCGUUACUUUCUGUUCUGAAAACCUCAUGCGACAACUAGGCGUUAGUGGAAAGAAAUGUAACAUCACUCUGAACACAAUUGGAGAACCAUAUCAGUUGGUGUCCCAGUCUGUCAGAGGCCUACAACUCUGUGAUAUGAACAUGACGGAAUUCAUAGAUCUUCCAAAAAUUUAUACGAAAGACAGGAUGCCUGUCACCCAUGAACAUAUUCCUAAAAAGGAAGAAAUUUCAAAGUGGCAUCAUUUAUCGAACAUAACGCUCCCAAAUGUUGCUGCUGAAAUUGGCCUUCUUAUUGGCAGCAAUGUCCCAGACGCUUAUGCUCCAUUUGAAGUGGUUACCGGACCAAGUGGAUCUCCUCACGCCACAAGGACGCGCUUGGGAUGGAUUGUGUGGAAUGUACUGAGAGAAGUCGGGUCAGGAUCAUAUGAUGUGAACAAAGUGACACUGGAGCGGUACUGUGAAUGUGACACUAAGCUGGAAGAAUUAGUGAAGGCGUCAAUUAACUUAGACUUUCCAGAGCACAUGAUAGCAGAAAAGAAAGAGCAUUCAGUGGAGGACAAAACUUUUCUGAGCCAAGUUGAAAAGUCCAUCAAACAAGUGAAUGGUCAUUACUCAAUAGGACUUCCUUUUAGAAACAAUUCUGUGAGCUUGCCAAAUAAUAUGAUUCAAGGACUACAGAGACUCGAAUGUUUGAAGAAGAAGAUGUUGAAAAAUCCACAAUUUAGAACUGAUUACACUGUUUUCAUGAAUAAACUGUUCGAGAAAGACUUUGUUGAGCCAGUUCCUGAGAUGCAACUACAAAGGGAUGAUGGACGCGUAUGGUAUCUUCCUCACCAUGGUAUAUAUCAUACAAAGAAGCCAGGAAAAAUAAGAGUAGUAUUUGACUGUUCUGCUGUGUUUAGGGGUGUGUCUCUAAAUAGUCAACUACUACAAGGACCUGACUUAACUAACAGUCUCUUAGGAGUGCUUCUAAGAUUUCGACAGGAACGUAUUGCGAUACAAGGUGACAUUGAGUCUAUGUUCCAUCAAGUUGCAGUACCAGAAGAGGAUAGAGACUGCAUGAGAUUUUUUUGGUGGAAAGAUGGAAAUCUGAGUGCUGAACCUAAACAGUAUAGGAUGAAAGUACAUAUUUUUGGGGCUGUCUCAUCACCUACUUGUUGCAGUUAUGCUUUGAAGAAAACUGCUGAGGAACACGGUAACGACUAUGAUCAAAGCAUACAGAAUACCAUAAUGAAAAAUAUGUACGUGGACGACUGCUUAGCAUCAGUUGAUACAGAGGAGAAAGCCAAAUACCUCAUAAAGGAUCUGAUGGCCCUUUGUAAACAAGGAGGAUUUCGGUUAACAAAGUGA